UAUUGGACAAAUCCAGGAAUAAAAAUACACUUCCGGUGACGUGGCUCCUCUGGAAAAGGGGAAGCCGUGGCAGGAAAGUUAGCUGCGGAAUCAGCUGGAGAGUGGAACAGCAGCGCUAGCCUACCUCACUGAGCUGGAUGGCAGGGACACACUGGUGGAAGAACUUCAGGAAUCACAACAGGGUGCUCUCUGGAACGAGGGACGGAUGAAAUCAAGAGGCGGUAGGCCCAGCUGGGCGUUGGCUGCACUGUUCACUGGUGCUGCCCUGCUGGUCAUCUCCUCCAAAGGGGCGUCCAGUGGGAAGAUGGUGUCCCAGGCAGCCAUGGCUCAUGCCACAGCCACAGCCGCUGGAUCAGGCCCAGGGCUUCCAGAUGAGUUCCUAGGCUUCCAGGCCUUAGCUGACUUCUUUGCAAGUGAACGUGCCGAUGUCUGGCUCUGCUCUCUGGUUGGGUCUGUUGCUGUAGGCCUCACUGGAAUUUUCCCCCUUCUUGUUAUUCCUAUUGAGGCAGGAGCGGCCCUCGAGACAGCGGCUGGCUGUCGGAAGCUAAAGCAGCUUCUGAGCUUUGCCAUUGGUGGUCUCUUGGGUGACGUGUUCCUCCACUUGCUCCCGGAGGCUUGGGCACAUUCCCACUCCUGCAGCCCAGACGAGAGCCAGCUCCACUACAGGACCCAGGGCCUGUGGGUUAUCAUGGGCAUGCUGUCCUUCCUUCUCCUGGAGAAGAUGUUCCCAGAUGAGAACAGUCAGGAGGACUCCAUUGGUAACAGCCAGCAUGUCCCUACCUCCCAUAGCUCAGACUCCAGUAGUGAGGCGUUGUCCCACAUCAAUGGGCACCAUUCUGAUACGUGGAGCUCGUCCUGCAAGACAAAAAGCAGCUUGCAGCAAGUGCCAAAGAAAAUAAAGACGAGUGGGUACCUGAACCUGCUGGCUAACUGUAUUGACAACUUCACCCAUGGCCUGGCUGUGGCAGGGAGCUUCCUGGUCAGCAGGAAGGUUGGGUGUCUCACCACCUUUGCCAUCCUGCUCCAUGAAAUCCCCCAUGAAGUGGGUGACUUUGCCAUCCUGCUGCGUGCAGGGUUUGACCGCUGGAGUGCCGCCCGCAUGCAGCUAUCCACAGCCCUGGGAGGGGUGCUGGGGGCCUGUUUUGCCCUGUGUGCCCAGUCUCCCAGAGGCACAGAAAAUGCAACAGCGUGGAUCUUACCAUUCUCCUCGGGAGGCUUCCUGUACAUAGCCCUGGUCAACGUGGUGCCUGACCUCCUGGAGGAGACCAGCCUCGGACACUCCCUGUUGCAGAUCCUGCUCCUGUGCUGUGGCAUUGCCGUCAUGGCCGUCUUGUCUGCCGUAGUGGAUUGAGCUCAAAAGACAAGCCUGCUUUACCAAAAAUAUAAUUGAAAACAUCACCGCAACAUUCACUGGACUGGGACGCAAUCCCCCUUUCUAUAAAGUUAAGUCCUCAGAUUGCAUUCAGUCGCCCUUUUUAUUAUAUGGAACUUAUUUUUUUUUUAUACUCCCACCUAGUGCCAAAACAUCCUAUCAGCAUGGCCAUCAACAUGGAAGCGAUCUGACAAUCAGAACGGCACCUUGAAUCAUGAUACCUGCUUUUUCUAUCAGGACUCUGGACCAACUGUGUCCACCUUGUCUGCUGAUCUCUGACUACUGUCUGUGUGGACACUAACGUGCCAAACCCAGACAGAGACAGACAUUUUGAAAUGGCAAGAGCUAAAGAAAGCUUAUUGAAGCUUUCAUGGAAGUGACUGGACUAUCUGAGAGCAUCAGACCAUAAUGGGCAGACACUCAGUCUCAUCCUGUUUUAUUGCACACAUGCACAUACUCAAACAGGUCAUAUCACACACAUUUGAACAGCUCAUGCAUACUGUACAAACUUAACCUCACAUGGCUUUACCAUACUAAAAUGCGUACACAUUUCCUUACAUUCUUCAAAUUGUAUGCUCAUGUGCUGCUUUCUAUUUCUCUUUCAGGCUAAUUUAUAUUCAUUGUGUCUUAUUGGUUUCUGUAUCUGCUUGUACUGCCUAGUAUUUAUUGAAUUAUUUCAGAAAGUAACAUGGUGCAAUGUUUUUGUCAAAUUCUGUUGUGACUUCGCACCAUUGUGUUUUCUGUAGGGUUAAUCUGUUACAUUGAUGUAUAUUCAAGCAAAAAGACCAUGUCUUUUUCAAUUGCAUACUAUACUAAUUUGUUAAGAGACACUCAGACAGAUAUAUUUGAAACUCCUUAAAUAUGAGAGCUUAAUUUCAGGAAAAUAUGAUUUAGAAAUGUUAUAAUAAUAUUAUGCAAAAUAUUUUUGUGUAGUCUUGAUUUUACUAUAUAGUGCUUUCAGAAAGUAUUCACACCCCUUGACUUUUUUUCAUGUUUUUUACAAAGUGGGAUUGAAAACAUAUAUUUUUAAAUCAGCAAUCUACAAUACUCACGUCAAAGUUUUAAAGAAAUAAUUUUAAAAAAUAUUGGAAAAUAAAUCACUGUCUUGAUUAGUUAAGUAUCUAACCCCCUGAGUCUGUUAAACACCUUUGGCAGCGAUUACAACUGAUUUUCUGGGUAAGUCUGAGCUUUGUACACCUGGAUUGUACUAUAGUUGCCCAUUUUAUUUAAAACAUUUAAUUUGGUUAUUGAUCAUUGCUAGACAGCCAUUUUCAAUUCUUGCCAUAUAUUUUCAGUUAGAUUUAAGUCAAAUGAAACUAGGCCACUUGGGACCAUUCAAUGACAUCUUGGUAAGCAACUCGUGUAUAUUUGGCCAUGUGUUUAAGGUAAUUGUCCUGCUGGAAGGUGAAUUUCUCUCCCAGUGUUGGGAAGCUGACGGAACCAAGUUUUCUAGGAUUUUGUCUGUGCUUAGCUCUAUUUAGUUUAUUUUUAACCUAAACAACUUAUUCCUUGCUGAUGACAAGCACACAACAUGAUGCAAUCAUUUUGAGAAUAUGAAGUGCUACACUGUUGUGUUGGACCCAAACAUAAUGCUUUGUAUUCAGGACAAAAAGUUCAUUUCUUUGCCACAUUUUUUUCAGUAUUACUUUAGUGCCUUGUCUCAAACAGGAUGCAUGUUUUGAAAUAUUUGUCGUCUUUUCAGUCUGUUGUCAGUAUUGUGGAGUAACUAAAGUACAAUAUUGUUCCAUUCUCCAUUAAACUCUAUUUUAAAAUCGCCAUUAGCCCCAUGGUGAAAUCCCUGAGCGGUUUCCUUCCUCUCUUGCAACUGAAUUGGGAAUGGCGCCUGAAUCUUUGUCGUGACUGGGUGUAAUGAUACACCAUCCAAAGUGUUAACUGCAUCAUCCUCAAAGGGAUAUGUAAUGUCUGCCCCCACCCUAUUGCGCAGAGUCUGUGCAAUUUAUUUGACUUGUUAAGCACAUGUUUACUCCUGAACUUAUUUAGGCUUGCCAUAAAAGCGUUGAAUACUUAAUGAGUCAAGACAUUUCAGCUUUUCAUUUGUAAAGAUUUUUUUUAUUCCACUUUCACAUUAUUGGGUAUUGUGUGUGUGUGUACAUCAGUGACCCAAAACCUCAACUUAAUAAAUGUUUAA